GGAGCACAAGAGGACAAGGAAGUGCGAUUAACAUUUGAGAUUUCAUUGUAAAAACUUUAAAUAUUCCACUUUUAACGUUAUUUUAUUUUGGCUACCAGGUGUAGUGAUAUGACAGUUGGUUAAAAGUUAUUUUGUUUAGUUGAGACUUUGCCCUGCGACAGUUCAACGGCGGAUUUGUGUGUUCAGUGGACAGUGAACCAGCAAUGGCAGAGGGGCGUGUGGAAAACCAGGAGCCCAUCUGCAACCACAGCAGCCCCCCCAGCACGGCAGAGUCCAGCCCUGACCCCCCCUCAGAGAGCAUGGAGGACACUAUGGAGUACCGGCUCAUGAUGGCCUACGCCACCAGAAGAAUACCAAGACAGAAAGUUGUGCGACACAAACUGGACAAACAGGUUUCGGUAAAUGGUGAUAGUAAUACAAAUGGAACUUCUGCAUCUCAGACACCAGUCGAGAAUGGAAAAGAGGAAAUAACAGAGGAGAAGAGGAAGAAGAAGAAAAACAAGAAGAUAUUGAGGUUUCUCGGACGUUUAAGAUGUAUGAAACCUCAGAUUGAAGAUGAUGAAGAACCUCAGCAAACGCUUGAAGGUCAACAUGGACUCGACAACAGAUGUUUAGGUCCUCCUGUUGCUAGUGGUGCUUCUGCUCAUGAUGAGGAGGAGGAGGAGGAGGAGGAUGAUGACCAUGAGGAUUUGGUGAACGCCGUGAACCGAUUGAUUGGGAUUUCUGAUGGCAUCCAGUUUGGGUCAGAGAUCGAGCCCGACGGAAAUGACGGUGACGAUAACGUGGAGAAGCUCAUUGGUCUGCUCCUGAGAGAAAAUGGAGACAGGCUGAACGAGAAGAUGAAAGAAGAAAACAUAACUGCAGACAUUUUCUCGAACUACACCUUCUUCAGUAGAGUCAUUACGACUCUCCUCAGGAGGAUUGGCUUCAGGAGCUCCAGCCCCAACGAUCUGGGGCCACAGGCAUCACCCAAAGCCCAGAUUGCUGCAACCUGUGAGGUCACCAGUCGUCUCUCAGCGGUGGACACUUUACCCUCGGUUCGCCUGCUUCAGUACGGAGCCAGAUAUCUACAGGAGUUUUAUUCACCCUGGGUGCAGCUGAAUGGCGGAUAUGAAGCAGCCAUGGAAAGUGACGAGGAAGUUGAGUAAGGAGAAGGAUCUGGUUUCCAGCUCAAGAGCACCACCUACAGGCCUCCAACGUCCAUCAGUUCUCUUCCUUUUGAACUUCUCACACUUUUAAAUAUUUAAUUAUUACAAAAAGGGAGAACAAAACUGACUUGUUAUUUUGUUUUUGCACCACCAAAUCAGUUUACAUGGACUUUUAUUUUUAAAUUAAAUAAUGUCUUGACUAGUUUUGUUGUACUGUCAAAAAAAGAAAUUAUUGCACCUUUUAGACUAUUGAAUAGACUUUUUUCUAAGGUGCAAUUAAAGCACCAUGUAAUGGAAUGAAUGACUUGUGGACCAUAACAACUUUUGAUUUAAGAGUUUUCUUAAGCACUUGCACUUUUUCUUAAAGAAAUCAAAAGUGAGAUUUGACUUGUGUUUUAUUGGUUGUUCAAGUUGCUUUUUGUUAUAAAUGUGGUACGUGCUGCUGUUUUUGUUUGAAAAGUAAAAUUUUAUUGCAAUCAAUUUCCAAGAUUCAUAUUAUCACGGUCCUUAGUUAAAUUAAUAUAGGGUCUUAAUAGCUACCCAUUUAGUUGAUGAACAUAUAAAACAUUUUUUCACAUUAAAUUUUGGAUUGAAGGCUGCACAAUAAAUUGGGCCUGUGUUAAAGAAGUUUGUAGCCAGAACUCUUGAUAAAGCUAAAAAUCAGCUUCUUUUUCUAUCUGUGUGCUUCUAUGUUGAAAACACGGCUGUAAAAUAUUUUGGGUUACAACAUCCUUCAAAAGCAAUUUUGGUCUGUAGUUGGAUUUCUCAUCCAUGAAAACUGUAUGGGAGGGGAUCUUUUUUGUACCACAUAAAACAAUACAUUUAUUUAAAAUUAGAGCGUGAACUUUUGAUUGCAGCCAGCGUAGUCAAUGAUUACUGUAGCUACAGUCACUUAUCAGUCAUCCCCUUUUUUUAAGCAUAACCAAGUUGUCGCAGCUUGUACUAACCUAGCCUCCGCUAGUCGCACCAGUCAUUUCUGAUUUUGCCAGCAAAACAGUAUCUGAAACACAGCUACACCAGUUUGGAUCUGUAGAAGGCAUUGAUAGACAUAAAAUAGACGUGAUUCACCCAGCUUACUAUGCGUGUUUGUUCUGUCCAUUUGAAACACGCCCCGCUGCUUUGUUGCAGAAAUAAACAUUAACAGCCACGACUAAAAACUUUUUUGGUCUCCGUCCAUCCUGAAUUUCACAACCAUGACAAUAGAUCAAAAGGUGAAUCUAAGAUAAAAGGUCAUGUGAUGUAAACUAAAAUUAUGUGCAGAGCCAUCAAAAGUAUACAUAGUUAGGGGCGUGGUCUUUUGAGUGACAGUUUACUAUUGUCUUUACUUGACUUGUGAGCAGUGAAGAAAGACUUAACAAUGCAUAGUUAUUCUUAUUUUAAAUCGAAUAUGUUUUGUAGCAAGCAGUCACUGCCUUGGUCCAUGGACAAAACAUGCUACCUGGAUUAACUGGGGGAUUAUCUGUAGCUCGCUGAUGGUCUGCCCAGGUAGGAGCCAAAUUAGAGGACCUCUCCACCUGAGCUGACAUUAAUUCAAUUCAAUUUAGUGGCAAGAAAAACUCCCAUUUAGGAAGGAAGAAACCCGGACCAGGACCUGGAUCAUAAGGGGGGAUCCUCCUGCUGAAUGCCAGCUG